AUGGAUUAUCCCUAUCCAAUGGUUCCGACUGAAGCACGAUUGGAAAAAUUUAAAAAUAUUAUUAUCAAAUACAAUAUUAAUUAUGAUUUUGCAUUUCGUCUCCGAGCUCUUGAAGGUUUCGAAAUAGUUCUGAUACUUGAUGAUAGUUCAUCUAUGUGUUCGCCAAUUAUUGAUCGCGAUCAAACCAAUAUUUCACCAUUCAGUCAAUUACCAAAACGUUGGGAUGAACUUAAACAUGUGGUAUCAAUUGUUGUUGAUCUUGCUGCAGCAUUAGAUCCUGACGGAGUUGAUAUUUAUUUCCUAAAUCGUUCACCACUUUUACAUGUCACUGAUUCAUCAGAAUUGCAUGGAACAUUUUCUAGACCACCCGAUGGUCCAACGCCUAUUACCCGCGUUCUCAUUGAAGUGCUUAAUAUAAAACGUGCACGUGUUCAUGAUCGAAAAUUAUUAGUCUUAAUUGCCACAGAUGGUUUACCAACGGAUGAAAAGGGACUAAAUGAUACUGACCGUUUAGAAAAGGUCCUACGUACUGAAAGACAUCCAUCUAUCGAUCGCAUAUUUAUAACAUUCAUUGCUUGUACAGAUGAUCUUCAAUCAGUCGGUUAUUUAAAUAAAUUCGAUAAGAAGAUUCCUAAUGUUGAUGUUCUGGAUGAUUAUCGAAGUGAACGAGCAGAAGUUUUAGCGGUACAAGGUAAACAUUUUCCAUUUUCAUACGGUGAUUAUGUUGUCAAAAUUUUAAUGGGUUCGGUUGAUCAAUGGUUUGAUCAAUUGGAUGAAAAAAAAGUCAAAUUGAAUAGUAAUGCAGAAAAACAACAACAAAGCUUAUCUCGAGGACAGAUGCCAGCAAGGAAGAAAAGUUGUACAAUAUCGUAA